AUGGGUGUCCCACAAAUAUGGGAAUUUUUAAAGCCGUAUCUUCAAGAUUCCAGAAUUCCGUUACGAAAAUUUGUCAUAGACUUUAAUAAAUCGCAAAAAAGACCUCCAAGAAUCGCAAUUGACGCGUAUGGAUGGCUGUUUGAAUGUGGAUUCAUCCAGAAUACAGAUAUAAGAACCAGAUCCAGAUCCAGAUCAAGGUCAACGAGUCCUAUGCGAUCACCGCGGGAAACUAACAUUGACAGUAGUCAAGAGUACCAUGGCAACAGAGGCUAUACUACUACAGGAAAGGCUGUGUUAAACUUCAUAUCUCGAUUGAAGGAACUACUGAGCUUGAAUGUGGAAUUCUUACUCGUAUUUGAUGGAAUCAUGAAACCCUCCUUUAAAAGGAAAUUUAACCAGGAACAUAACGCUACUUGUUAUAAUGACGAAAAAGAGUACUAUUUAAAUUGGGAACAGCAUGUCAAAAAUCAUGAAGUUUAUGGCAAUUGUCAAGGGUUGAUAGCGCCAUCCGACCCGGAAUUCAUUACUCUUGUACGGAAAUUAUUGGACUUGAUGAACAUUUCAUAUGUACUCGCAUGUGGAGAGGGAGAAGCCCAGUGCGUUUGGUUGCAAGUUUCUGGAACUGUGGAUUUCAUUUUAAGUAACGAUUCAGAUACCCUCGUGUUUGGAGGGGGGAAAAUUCUGAAAAACUACUCGAAGUUCUACGAUGAUUUUGGCCCAACUUCAAUAACUUCUCACAGUCCUAGUAGACAUUACGAUAGUAAAGAACCUUUUGUUACUGUUAUAGAUCUACCCAGAAUUAAUCAAGUAGCACACAUGAAGUUCGAUCGCCUGUCUCUCUUGUUUUUCAGCGUGCUAUUAGGUGCUGAUUACAAUCGUGGAAUUAAGGGGUUAGGUAAAAGCAAAUCUUUACAAUUGGCUCAAUGCAAGGACCCUAACUUUUCCAUGGAAUUUUAUGACAUUUUCAAAGAUUUCAAGGUAGAAGACUCGAAUUCAGAGAGUUUAAGAAAGUCUCGGUAUAGAACAUUUCAAAAAAGAUUAUACUCAUAUUGCAAGAAUCAUUCUGUCAAGCUAUUUGGGAGAAAUUAUUCUGUUUUAUUGAAUCAAGGUUCAUUUGAAGGUUGGCCAUCAACUGUCGCAAUUAUGCACUAUUUCCACCCCAUUGUCCAACCGUAUUUCGAUGAAAAAGUUCUCAGUAAUAAAUACAUAAAUAUGUCUGGAAACAGAAACUACAGAAGCUUAAAUUUCAAUGAAUUGAAAUAUUUUUUACAAAGUUUGAAUUUGCCUCAAAUUUCUAGCUUCGAUAAAUGGUUCCAUGAUUCUAUACACGAGAUGUUUCUAUUAAGAGAAUUUCUAUCAUAUGAUGAGUCUGAUAGUAUAGGCAAAGGUUACAUGAGGAUUACUGAAGAAAAAACGGUGAGCAUAGACGGUGACAAAUUUCAAAUUUCAUGUUUUAAAGUACGGUAUACGACCUUCUUGCCUAAUAUACCCAUUUCUUCUCAAUCCCCUUUGAAGCGCAAUAAUUCUCCUAGCAGGAGCAAGAGCCCCACACGACGUCAAAUGGAUAUAAUGGAACACCCUAAUAGUUUUUGGUUACCCAAGCAUUUAAUACCUCAAUCGCAUCCAUUGGUAAUUCAUUAUUAUGAAACACAGCAAAUUGCACUCAGGAAAAAAGAAAAGAAAGGUAAAAAAACGAUCAAGACUCGGCCAUUGCAGAAGAAUAACUUGGAUGAGUUUUUAAGAAUGCAUACAUCGCCAAUUAAGAAUAUCGAAAAGGUGGGCGAAUCGAGGAAACGAAUCCUGGAACCUGUAAAAAAGAAGCUUUUUGUAGAUGCAGACGAAGACACAAGCCUGGAAGAAAUACCAGCCCCCAUAAUAUCAACCGUCACAGAUGAGCACACCGAUGAUGGCGAUGAUUCAUUGAUUUUUGUUGAUGAGGUUACAAGUAGCCAAACAGUUUUAGAUAAUUCACCCGGUAAGAGACUUCGGGAUCUCAUGCAUGGUGAUGAGGUUGAAAUUGAGAAGGACAUAAUAGAAAUAUCACCAAUGAAAAAGUCAAGAACUAGUAUAGAUGAGAAAAAAUCCUCAGCGUCCGAAUUGAAGUCGAACUUAAGUUCCGCAGCCAAUAUUCAUCUGCAAAGUACCGAGAUGUUGCCCCCAAAUUUGACCAGUUUAAGGUUAGAAAGAGAGCACUCAUCUGUCCUUGACCAGCUUGUCACAGACGCCCAAGAUACAUUCGACCAGUUUGUAGCUUGUGACAGUGACAGCAGUAGUAACAUUGAAUGA